GGUUGCCAUGACAACGGGGACAAGCCAUUCUUUCCUGGUUACAGAUACAUUUGUGAAGGAUACUCAGACCGGAUACUCAGACCGGAGAGGUGGAGUCGCUAGGCAGACAGGCAAAGCGCGUAGCUUUAUCGUUUCAGGCCCCGAGAGCAUAGAUCACCAACCCACGUAAAUGGAUGCCUCGUCUCUGUUUGGCGACGAUUGUCACAUGUGCUCCUGACCGUUUUCGUGUGACAGCACCUUACCCGAGAUAGUUGUGGCUUGUGUUGUCUGGGAGGAGCCUGAAGGCAUCUAAGGAGGAGGGAGGGAAGCCACCUGCAAGUUCCCAUCUGGAGAAAAUGUGAAUUAACCUGGAACACGGGGGCUGCGUGCAAGUUCUUGAUAGAAGGCCUUCGGACACGGGGCCGAAGCAUGUGCUGAGACAGAGAUUUCAGGAUCCCAUCUUGCCCACUUUUCCCUGCACCUCUGGCUACAGGACACGCCCACAUCACCCUGAGCUAGGACGUCAAUUCAAGCUUGUCUAACAUAUUCUGGAGGGAGGAUAGACCUACGGGCAGGGUGACCAGGCCACAGACGACCAGCAGUCAAGGCGCCCACCACAAGCAAGGGAGCGACCCUGUCCUGAGCAGCACAGCUCCAGAGUCCCGUCACCAUGGACUCUGCAGAGUAUGUGCUCUGUGGCUGGAAGGGCCACCUGUGGCCUGCGAGGGUGUUAUCCAGACCCAGGACCUCAGCCCACAGUAAGAGGAGAGGGGCAUCUUUCCUGGAGGUCCAGAUUCUGCCUGUGGGGGAGAAGACGAGAGUGAGGAGCACAGAGGUGAGGCCCCUAACCGAGUCGGAAAUUGUGACCAUCGCCUCCGUGGCAGGAAAGGAGUCACAGGGCAAUGGCUCGCCACGGCAGACCAGGGCAUACAGAAGAGCCCUCAAGGUGGCGCUAGACGUUCUGGGCAAGGGAACCUGCUUGUAUCAAGGAGGAAGGGCGCGUGGCCGAAGAAGAAACAGCACAGUGACUCUGAAGGUUCCAAGAGAGCAGGCCAGCUCCAGCUCACGCCAGCGCCUGCACCUCCAAGAGCACAACCAGAAAGGCCAGGGGCUCUCCCACAGGAGUCCUGGGAAGCGGGGCCGCCUGGGACCUGUGUGGGUGGGCUCACAGAAUGAGCCUGCAGUGCAAGGGGGGAAAGCCCAGGCACACACUGCUGUUGGGCUCCCUCACUUUGAAACGCAAGGGAACUUGUUAAGAGGCACUAGAGUGUGGCCAAGUUCCUCCAAGCCACCAGCAGGAAAUGCUGGUGACCAUCCGGGCAGGAGGAAGCUGAGGGCAUCCAAGCUCAGGUCUUUCAGCGCCCCAGCCUCCAGGGGGAGGGCCCGAGCUAAAAAUGAGCAGCAGGCUGCCUCUGGGCCACCCAGGCAGGCCUCUACCUCACCCAAAGCUCUCCGGCACCAAGUACGGCAUGGCGGCCUGGAGACCAGGGCUAUGGGAGCCCAAAAGAAGACCACCCUCCCAGGGAACGAGCAGGACCCCGGCCCUGGGACUCCAAAGCCAGACUCAAAGGGCAUCGGCAGCCUGCACGCCCCGGUCCCGAGGCUGCGAAGAUCACUCCGCAUUGCUUGCCGGAAAAGGAAGGUGCAUGUACGGUGUGCACAGUGCAUGCUCCCGGAACUGAACAUUCCAGUGCACUCAAAGGUGACUGGCACCAGGGUCAAGAGGAGAGUGACUGGAGUUCAAGAAGUCUGCCAAGCCACCAACGUGACUUGUGCCCAGGGGCCAAAUGCCAUCGAACGAGGCAUGCUGGUCUGGUUCAAAUUCCAGGACCUUCCUUUCUGGCCAGCGGUGGUCAAGAGUGUCAGCAAAAACGACAAGAUGGCGAGGGUGCUGUUGGUCGAGGGCAACAUGCAGCUUGAGCACAGGGGCAUCCGAGUCCCUCUCCGCAAGCUGAAGCCCCUGGACUGUGGGGAGAAAUCAGUGCUCUUGAGGAGAGCCAGCAGAGUGUAUGGCCAGGGCAUCAACUGGUGCCUGUCAGUGAUCGACCACUACAGAGAGGACCUCGCCUGCGGCUCCUUCCUGGGCUCCUUUAUGGACUACUACACCGCCCAAGCCAGUUACCCGCUAAGGAGAGCCAUCCAAGAGGGCGAGCUGCACAUUGAUUUCCCCAAGGUGAGCUAUGCUGACCUGGAAGACUGGGAGGAGGAGACCUCCCUGGGUGGGAAGGGGCCCCGCAAGAAACUCCUGCCUGACCGCAUGAGGGCCGCUUGGGACAGAGCCAACCGGAAGCUCGUAGACUUCAUCCUGAAGAGAAAGGCAGACCAGCACCUGCUGGACAUCGUAAAGGGCAGGAAACCGUCCAGGUGGCUGGAUAACCUUUGGAAGUCAAACAGGGAAGUCUUCUGCAUUGAGACCUACCUGGAAGAUGAGGACCAGUUGCAUCUUGUGGCCAGACAUUUGCAAGAGAUAUCCAAGGAAGCAGAUGAGGCCCUGCUGUCCCUGGCAAGAGGGGACAAAGUCCGACUUACCAUGGAGGUUCUUCUUCCAGAAGCUAUCAUCUGCUCCAUCGCUGCCCUGGAUGAGCUCAGCUACAAGGAGGCAGAAGAGAAGUACCUGCGUGGCCCACCCGUGCACCAUCGUGAGAAAGAGCUCUUUGAUAAGACCAUCCUAAAGGUGGCCAGGAAGAGGUCAGCAGCCAGGAUUUGGGCUGCCAGGGACCCCUCUGCGCCCACUCCUUAGAAGGGAGCUUCCUCCUUUCAGCCAUCACCCCUGCAGCUCCGCCUCCAAAAGAUGACCAUCUGGGAGACACUGUGGGGCUUGAAAGGUCCUCACAGCAUGCAUGUUUAUCCCCACCGCCCCGAAAUAAAUAAAUGAUCACGUC